CUACCUAAUUUUUUUUCUAAUUUGUUUAUUUGUUUGUUUAUGUUUAGGGCUGAUUACUGGAAAUCACAGCCAAAGAAAUUCUGUGGUUACUGCAAGUGCUGGAUAGCAGACAACAAGCCAAGCAUUGAAUUUCAUGAAAGGGGAAAGAACCAUAAGGAAAAUGUGGCAAAGAAAAUUAGUGAGAUUAAAAAGAAAAGUAUGGAAAAGGCAAAAGAAGAAGAAAAAAUGUCAAAGGAAUUUGCAGCAAUGGAGGAAGCUGCACUGAAAGCAUAUCAAGAGGAUCUGAAAAGGCUUGGAGUUAAGUCAGAUUCUAUAGGUCCCAGUUCAACACAAAGUAAACAGGAGGAAAAGAAAGAAAAAAAGGAAAAGAAAAAAAAGAGAAAAGACACCUCAGAAGCGCCAUCAGAUGAAACAAAGGAAUGGGUGCAAGGACUUUCCCCUGAGGGUUACAUGUAUUACUACAAUACUGUAACCGGAG